CUAUGUUGGUCCGCCCUCUCCCUCUCUCUGUGUUCUUUCUCUCAAUCGGUGCCCACUCUCUCUAGCUCAUCGAAGUCCCUCACCACCGUUGCUCACGUCCGUCGCACAUCGCCAUCGCCGCAAAUCGCCAUCGCCCUCUGUCUUUCUCUCGCACGGAGCGAGCGAUUGCUGGGUAUUCGCUGCUGUGGUUGUUGAUGUGGGCCACCAUGAUGGGUUUGCCGAUCCAGCUGUUGUCGACGAGGAUCGGUCUCGCCAGGGGGAGGCACUUGGCGGAACUAUGUAGGGAAGAGUAUCCGUAUUGGGCUGGGUUGUUGUUGUGGUUCAUGUCAGAGCUUGCUUUGAUUGGGGCUAAUAUUCAGGAGGUGAUUGGAAGUGCAAUUGCUAUCAAGAUUCUCAGCAAUGGGUUUUUUCCUAUCUGGGCUGGUAUUGUUAUAACCGCUUCUGACUGUUUCAUCUUUUUAUUUUUGGAGAACUAUGGAGUGAGGAAAUUAGAAGCUGUUUUUGCAGUUCUCAUCUCAACUAUGGCAUUAUCGUUUGCCUGGAUGUUUGCUGAUGCAAAACCUAAUGGAAAAGAACUUAUCGUAGGUCUCUUGGUUCCAAAACUCAGCUCAAAAACAGUUAGGCAAGCUAUUGGAGUGGUGGGAUGCGUUAUUAUGCCUCACAACGGAAAGAAUGGUCGGGCAUUCUUGUUCUCCCAUGCAAUGAACAUUGUUGCUGGGCCCAAAGAGUUGAUGUAUAUUGAUCUUGCUCUCUUGCAAUGUUGGUUCUAUAGAUCAGUCCUUGAGGAGGUUUGGUCUCACAAAAUUAGCAUUGUUACAUUGUAAAUACUAAUUAGUAGUCACCAAAGAGGGGAGAGCCAAACCUGGACGAUUUUUGCACAGAACAAAUUGGAUACAAAUAGAUGGUUUUCUCAUUGAAAUUGAUGGCCCAGUGGUUCAACUGCCAAAUAUAUCUUGGGUUUAUUACUUUUAUGUUUUCAUACUUGUCAGAAUAUUUUUUUUUACUCCCAUGUAUUCCUCUAUUUGCUUCACAGAAUCUUCGCAGUGGAUUAAUUGAAUAGAUGCUUCCUAAACUCCUACUUUAUACUAUUCUCAAAUCAUCUUCAGGAUGGAGUCUUCCUUGGAGCGGAUACAAGAGCCACUGAAGGGCCCAUUCUUGCUGAUAAGAAUUGUGAGAAAAUCCAUUUUAUGGCACCCAACAUUUACUGCUGUGGAGCAGGCACUGCUACUGAUAAAGAGGCACUGACACGUAUUUCCAAGUCUACUUUCUAUAUCAGAAUAUAUGUAUUUGUUAAGCUUUUACAGCACUACAUCCAUUUUAAACUAAGUUUCUAAAAUAUUAGUGUUCUAGACAUGGUUAGUUCCCAGUUGCAGCUACACAGGUACCAUACUGGUAAAGAAUCAAGGGUUGCGAUGGCUCUUACCCUUUUGAAGUCCCAUCUUUUUAGGUAAGGUUACAUAAUUCAAGGUUUGUUUUUCUCAACAAUAUGGUACUUUUUGUGUGAAAAGAUUACAAUGCAAGAAGGCCUGAUUCUUUUGAUUACAAUCUAGUUCAAAUGAAAGUAGUAAUAUGAUAAUUAGCAUAUAACCCAACCAUACAAAAUGUAAUAUGAAGGUAGUUGAAUUCUUAAUUUUGUUGUCCAUUUGGAUUAUGGGAAAAUUGAAGCAUUAGUUACUGUCCUCU